CGCAUAGAGUGAGGUCAAAGGUCGGACAUGUGUACAUGCAGGAAUGCUGUGCUGUUUGGUUACCGUGUUAUGACCCUCGGGGGCUAAUGUUAUGUGACACAGAUCAGGAUGCAGUAAAAGAUAAAAAGGUGAAAUCAUGAGGCAAUGCAAUGUGAGGCAUCUGACACACCACAGCUUUAUUCCUUCCAUCUUACAAGUUUUUCCAAAGAUAUGUCUUAGCAAUUGUCUUGUUAGGUUGUACACUGCGAAACAUGUGAAGCCUCACAAAGCCAAAGGUACAAUAAAAAGGGACCACUACUUUGUCGAUUUCGUGAAAACUUUGGUCGCUGGUGGCAAAGGUGGUGAUGGCAUGCUCUCAUUCUUGUCUUUGCCAAAUCAUGAGUGGGCAGGACCAGAUGGUGGGAAUGGUGGCCACGGAGGACAUGUCAUUUUACAAGCUAGUCAUAACUACAGGUCCCUCAGUCACUUGAGGGCUGAGAUCCGUGCACCAAAUGGAGUCAAAGGUGGCACAAAGCACAGGGAUGGGAAAAAUGCAGAGCACCAUAUUUUGCAGGUCCCUCUCGGCACUGUGAUCAAGUCUGAAACUGGCAAUACUUUGGCUUCUCUGGAUGAGCCUGAGGCACUGUUUGUGGCAGCAAGAGGCGGGGCUGGUGGCAAGGGCAACUAUUUCUUCUUGUCCAAUGAGAACAGAGCACCUACAGUGUCAGAGCUGGGCGCCUUAGGACAGGAGAGGACGCUUCUGGUAGAGCUGAAGACCAUGGCCCAUGCUGGACUGAUUGGUUUCCCCAAUGCUGGAAAGUCCACGCUGUUAAGGGCCAUAUCACGGGCCCAACCAAAGGUGUCUGCGUAUCCAUUCACCACUUUGAACCCACAUAUUGGGAUGGUGCUGUAUGAUGAUCAUGAACAGAUUGCAGUGGCAGACAUCCCGGGGCUUAUUCCUGGUGCCCACCAGAACAAAGGUCUGGGCAUCAGCUUCUUGCGACACAUCGAGCGUUGCCUUUGUCUUAUCUAUGUUCUGGACCUCUCGGCAGAGCGACCAUGGGACCAGCUGGCUCAAUUGCGAUAUGAACUGAACCAGUACCAACCUGGCCUAGCAGACAGACCCAAUCUAUUAUUGGGUAACAAGAUUGAUGUCCCGGGGGCUCAAGAGAGAUUAGAGGAGCUGAAAACACGGUUACAGGAAGACAGAACGAAGACAUCUAAAUCUGAUAAGAGUGUACCUCAGGAUAUUCCAGUGAUGGGAAUCUCUGCCAAGAAAAUGCUUGGAGUGGAACAGUUGCUGCAUCAUUUGAGGGUCAUGUAUGAUUCUCAUUCAGCAGACAAUGUCAAUUGUCUUCAUGACCCCUAUGAGGAUGUAGAUAAAUGACCUUUCUUUUUGUAAUUUCUAUUUCAUUCUCAUCCAGGUUUGUGUGUUCAAUUAUAAAGGUGUGGCAAUGAACUGUGCCAUUCAUCCCUGAUCAACAAUCCCCUUCCAAAGUUUGGUGUUUCGGGGAGUGUCAACUGUAGUGAUUUUCUGUCUCCUCCCUUUCAGUUGAAGACCAGUCUACUGUAUCAUGUUGGCCACUUGGUUUUAUCCUCUGAACAUUCUCAUGAUUACCACUUGUGGGGUAACGGUCAGGUGCUUUGCUAGGGCAUUCAGGAGACCCUAGUUGAUUCUCGAGUGGAGAGAAAAUGUUUAUCAAGUGUCCCGGUCUUUGUGCUAGGAUGUUGUAUCCCUGUCAGCCCGGGUUGGCCCUGACAGGCAGGGUCAGAAGCCUGCCUUCUAAAUGAUAUAAUUUGUGUCGAUGAAGGCAUGAAAAAUACUGACAGUAAAAAAACGUUUUAAAGUAGCUGUAGUGGUUUUUUGUCACCUCUCUUUCAGGUGCAGACAGGUCUUCUGUAUGUUGACCUCUUGGUUUUGCCCUCUGAACAUUAUUAUGAGCCUAUGUCCUCAAGGCCUAUCAUUUUUCAGGGCACUACUGUAGGUCCUAUUUCCUUUUUGUCCUUCAGUCAUUUCUACCUAUCUUGCCUUUUCCUUUCUUUCCUAUCCAGCAUCAAUCGUACUUGUCUCUCUCUCCCUUCUUUUGUUUGAAUGUUACUCUCUAGUAAUACCUCUAAUCUUUAGCAUUUAUGAGUUAUAUGACCUAAUUGUGUUGCCAUAAAAUGCUUACUUAAUUAAUUAAGGAACACUGCUUUUUCCCUAAAUGACAGAUAUCAUGUUUUGAUAUGCUUUUUUUUUACUCAUACUAAGAUUAAGUCCUUUUCCUAAACAACUCAUCUUCUUCACAUUUUUCCAGAAAGCUAUUGUCACUGCCAGUGCUCAUUUCAUUAUUUGUAAAUAAAUGUAUGACUUGCUUUUUAUA